UGCCAGGCCGCCUUUGGGCCUCCCCGGGGGUUUCCUUUGCGCUGGGGCCGGCCUCAGCCCGCCCUCGGCUCAGGGGUGGAGCGUCCUCCUGUUCCUGCAGUGCGGGCCCGAGGGCUCCUUUCUCCCUCGGGCAGAAGUCUCCUUCCCCCGCCCCCGAUGCCCGAGGCUCAUCCAGGGCCCAGCAUGCAGUCAAGAACAUGUGGGAGCUGUUUUUUCUAAACUGUCUUAGGUCCGGUAACUAAUGAAAUCAGCAAACGAUGGGAUAAUGAGUCGUCAGCCCAAAAUCCUGAACCUGCAGUCGCUUUGUUGGAGUCCAAGGCCUUGCCAUGCAGAGGCCACAGAUUGGAUUACCGAUAAAUACAGGCUCUGUAGAGAAUUCGAGAAGAGAGGAUGAUGCAUCAGAGGACCAGGUUGUGGCCAGACCUGGUGAGAAGCUUGCUGACCAGAUACAGCCCCUUAAGGAGCAGAGAACCCCAACUCGCAUAAAUACGAUGUUGAAAAUUGCAGCAAGAUUCAUACGGCUUUUUUUGAAACGUUGGGAUAUUGGUCGGUUAGCUGAGCCCAGAAGUUAUCCAAAGGAAGCCAUAGUGCAGAUGACUAACUACCGUGUGCUUCAAGGACCAGGUGAUAUUGUUAUGAUACAGUCAGAACACACAGGUGCAGUGGAUAUCCUCUCAGCAGAGCUGGAGACUGCAGACCUCCUUGGUGAGCAGAGGAAAGCUCAGCCACCACCUCUGGCUCCAGCCUCCACUUGGACCACUUGCAAGAUGAAGGAAUUCAAGACCAAAAUGGGAAAGGAGAAGAAUGGUCGGAUGGUGGUGAAACGGGGUGAGGUGGUGACAGUCCGGGUGCCAACCCACCCUGACGGGAAGCGUGUCUGCUGGGAGUUUGCAACAGAUGACUAUGAUAUUGGCUUUGGGGUCUAUUUUGACUGGACUCCUGUCACCAGCACUGCCAUUACUGUGCAGGUCAGUGAAUCAAGUGACGAAGAAGAUGAAGAGGAAGAGGAGGAGAUUGAAGGACUCACCCCAGUUGGAGAUGUGGAAAGGGGCUCCAAGAGCUAUCUGCGAAACCGCUAUGGUGAGAUCAUGCCUGUGUAUCGGAGGGACAGCCACCGGGACGUGCAGGCAGGCAGCCAUGAUUAUCCAGGCGAAGGCAUCUACUUGCUCAAAUUUGACAACUCCUACUCCCUCCUGCGCAACAAGAUCCUGUUCUUUCACAUAUAUUACACCAGCUGAGGGAGUGGAGGGGGCAAGGACAGCAGGCAGACAAGGAGUGAAAUGUUUGGAACAAGAAUCACAAAUUCUAUCUGGUUUGUGCCCAUCUGGAGUGAGGAAGUUUGGUCCCUGGGCAAGGAGUGUGGUGCCAGAUACUGACCGCUAAGCCUGGAGCUGAGGAAGCUUUACCAAGCAACAAAGCAGUCUCCUAGCAACUUUGACAAACAACAAUCUGCAGGAUGGAGAGCCCAGACUCCCAUUUUACAGCAACACACCCUUCGUGCAGCCUUUCAUUAGAUAAUGUCUUGUAGCUGGGCACAUAUAUAUUUUAAGACUUAUUUUCCUGUAAUCUGUGAUGGCUCUCAUCAAUCCUGGUCUGUGUGAUGUGAAUAUUUUUAAUGUCUUGUUACUUCAGAUUCAAGCUCUCUGCACCAAACUGCUGCUUUUUAUGUUUUCCCCAUGAGAUUAUUUUUAAAUAUAGAGGAUAUUUUACCAAAAUAUGGCACUGAAUGUUUAGCUGUCUGGUGCAAAUGAAAACUAUUUAUAGUGUGCUUGCUGUUUCUCUUAGGCUUAGUUUGUCUUUUUGUAUUUGGCACAGUGUGGCUGUUUUGUGAUAUUGUGUAUUAUUUAAGGUCUGAACUCUUCAAAUAAACUUUUUGCUAU